AUGCAACGCGGGGACUCUGAAAAUUCCAUGCAAGAGAAAUCAUCCUCGGCCGGUCUAAUUAAAAUAUUCUCCAAAUUUGCGGACAAAACCUCAUUAAACGGCGUACCAUUCAUCAACUCGACACACAAUUUGUUGAUCAAGGCCGUCUGGUCAUGUCUACUAGCUGCAGCCAUUGGGGCUAUGUUCUUUCAUCUGUACAACCUCUUCAUAACGUAUCUGUCCUUCGGAAAGCAUUCACAAAUCAGCUUGGGUUUUAGCACCUUAGAUUUUCCGGCUGUCACCAUCUGUAACGUCAACAUGAUGCGGAUGUCCCACAAAAAAUCAGCCUCCCGUGAGAUUCAAGAGUUGAUCGAGAAAGUGAGCCCUGAUAAAAUGCUGCAACAGGCCAAACAGUGGAAACCUACCUACGAGGAUGACGAUGACGUUACAACACGGAGAAAAAGCACUUCAUCAUCCAAAAUGCGCUCCACAAAUUUUUUAGACGACUUUAACACAGACUCCAACAUGACGUACCUCAGAAGUAGCGCACAGAACACAUUUUAUGCCAAGAAGUGUGAUGACUGCUGGGAAGGACAGUCAGAGAGCUCUACAUUGUACCAAAACGAAGAGCAGUUUCGGGAUCUUUUCAGUUUUCAAAAUAAGUCAAUACGUUCAGCCCUUGGUCAUCAGAUACAAGACAUGAUGCUGCAGUGUUCGUUUGCUGGCCGGAAAUGCGUGCAGAGCAACUUCACCCAGAUACAGUCAGCGGUCUACGGGAAUUGCUACACAAUCGAGUACGACAAGUUCGUGGCCAGGAAAAGUGGCCCCUCUGCAGGCCUGGAGCUGACCCUCUUCCUUGAGACAAGCGAAUACAUCCCUGGCAUCACCAACGGUAAAGGCCUACAACUGGUCGUCCACGAGCAGGGCACGGUGCCCUUUCCUGAAGACGAGGGCAUCGCUAUCAAUCCAGGCACACAGACACUCCUUGGGUUAAGGAUGGCCUGCCAGCGAAUCUGUGAGCAGCAGCAGAUUAUUGACACGUGUCAAUGUGUAGACGCCCUCCACCCCCAGUUGAUUAUCUACAUGAACGCCACGAACGUCCAACCCUGCAACAACAUCACGCAAAUGGUGUGUGUCACCCAGGUCGAGUUCGCGUACAACGCUAGUGAGGACAAGUGUGGGUGUGCCAGUCCUUGCAGUGAAAGCCUGUACGAGAAAACGAUAUCACCCAGACAAUGGCCCAGUCCAUCUUUUGCUUCAAUCCUUGUGGAGAGCAUUUGUCAAGACAGGUCUCCAGAAACCUGCAGCGGUCUCAGGAACAUGUCAGACAAUGAAUUACUCGGUGAGUUUGUGAAACUGAAUAUUUUCUUCGAAGAUCUCAACUACGAGGAGUUAUCUGAGCAAGCAGAUUACACGAGCGUGAACCUACUCUCAGACAUUGGCGGUACCAUUGGGCUGUGGAUCGGGCUGUCUGUCCUGAGCCUGUUUGAGCUCAUUCAUCUGAUGUCGUCGUUGGUCUACUACAUCAUGUGUGGGAGGUGGAGGGCAAAGGAGGACGGGAAAUAUGGCACUGACUGACAGAAGGAAUAUGAAUCUG